AUUGUACUUAAAAUAAUAUAUAUAUAUAUAUAUAUAUAUAUACAUAGAAUAUAUAAUAUAUAAGACAAUAUAUAGAAAACAUUCGAGUGAUUUGAUUUUUGCAGAUAACUUCUCUCUAUAAUUAAUUCAUUGAAAUAUUAUAAUGUCAUAUGAUUGUUUGUUUCACACUUGUAACCUAUUAUACUUACAACUUACUACUUUUAUAGAAUGUUUAGUCGCGAAUACAUCGCACGAACGAACGAAACAUGAUAUGCGAGUGCUCUUUGCGUUAUUGUUGACGCAUUGUUUCGGUUGUGUAAUAUUACAGGGUAUAGAUGAUAAACUUACGUUAAAUAGAUUCGAUGAUAUUAAAUUUUGGAAGAAAUGUAUUCCUAAAAUAUAUAAGAACAUUAAUGUCUGUAUCAAAGACAAUUAUACGUUACGAAGGUCUACUCAUUCGUUGACAAAUCAAUUUACAUUUUUUCAUAGACAAAAAAUGAUUCCUUUUAAAUUAAAAUCAAAACAUUUCUAUACUCUACAAAAAUACAUUCGUCCAUCUGAGAAAUAUCAUCAACGAAAGUUACUUAUUUAUGGUCAAGAAGAUAUUUCUGAAUAUCUUUCUACAUUUAAAAAAGAUUCGAAAAGACACGUGAAAGCAACAACAUCUGAAUAUUUUCAUUUAAGGCAAAGAAAACAGAGUGAUUCUGAAGAUGAUGAAGAAGCUAGCAAAGAAUAUACAGAUGAUUUGGAUGAUUGGGAUGAUUGGGGCGCGUGGAGUCCGUGCAGUGUAACGUGUGGAUGCGGACAACAAGUUCGUUGGCGUCAUUGCAUAACGGAUGAUUGCAUAAAAGGGUUAAAAAAAGCACAAAUAAAGACUUGUCAUCUUAGACCAUGUGAUAAAGGUUUCUUAAGUUGGCUGGGCAUUAAGCUUUAACGAAACUUAAAAGCAAAAUAAUCAAGUGUGUAAUUAGAUGUUUACAAUUUAACAAGUUAAAAAGUUGUCUUAUGUUUAUCAUUUGUUGAACAUAUUAAAAUUUAUAUUAUUUUGUAAUUUUUGUAUUUACACUUAAUGAUACUUUUGAUGAUGAUCGUUAUAAUAAAACUAGCGAUAUGCCCAUAAUAACUAUUAAAUAAUAUACAAAUUCUAAAUGUAUAUGUAUAGGGAAUUUUAAUUACAUAAGAAACUAUACAUUGUCAUAAUUUUAUAUACAAAAUAUAUGGAACAAACGAUGUUCAAAUUUUUUUGCAGGUACCAACAGGAAGAAAGAAAAUAAAG